AUGAGCUCAAACUGCUUGAGUAUCGACAUUUUCGAAGCGCACACCUUCGCAGCCCUACCGGGGGGCAGCCUGGCAAUAACGCUGGGGGCUCUGGCCUGUCACGGUGUUGCGGCUUUUACCCUGCUCAACACAAAUUAUGGCCUGGAUCUCAGCGUGGUGCCGGUCAGCACCCUGGUGGCGUUUAUCAUUGUCGCCGUUGUGGCUGUUGCGAACGUUCGCCUGCCAGUGGAGAACCUGUAUCUGUUUCUGUUCCCCAUCUCGAUCGCUGUAUUGCUCGCGGCCAAUCUGAUUGAGCCGGGUGGGCAGCCACUGGAAACCCUAUCUGGGGGCCUGGUGCUGCACAUCCUGCUGUCGCUGGCGGCAUACAGUGUGCUCAUGAUGGCUGCCUGCCAGUCGAUCCUGCUGGCCCUGCAGGAAAGACGUUUAAAACACCCCGGCGAGCCGAGCUUUGCCAUUCUACCCCCCUUAGAAACGAUGGACAGGCUGCACCUGGUCAUGUUGUGGAUUGGUCUGGGCCUUCUUUCAGCUUCAAUCCUGAGCGGCUUUCUGUUCAUGGACGAUAUCUUUGCCCGCCAGGUUUUACACCACCUGGUGCUGACGUCACUGGCGUGGCUGGUUUACGUUGUGUUUCUCAGCGGCCAUUACCUUUAUGGCUGGCGUGGUAUGACCUCGGAUGUUGGAGAAUUUCAGACUUUGAACGGUGAAGAAUUUCCCAUAUGGGUGCUGUUGAGCAGCAUUGUUGUUUUGACCUGCCUGUCGGCUUACUUCUCCGGUACCGAAACGGCGAUGAUGGCGCUCAACCGCUAUCGUCUCAAACACCUGGUUAAACAACGCCAUAAAGGGGCCCGCAAAGCGAACCGCCUGCUGCGUCGUCCCGACCGUCUGCUGGGCGUUAUUCUGGUAGGCAACAACCUGGUUAACUUCUCUGCCGCCACCAUCGCGACGGUUAUCGGGUUGCGCUUAUACGGUGAUACCGGCGUGUUGCUGGCACCCUGGGUGUUAACCAUCACCUUCCUGAUUUUUGCCGAGGUGGCGCCUAAGACACUUGCUGCGUUACAUCCUGAGGGCUGGUCGUUUCGCUCUGUUUACAUCCUGCAGCCGCUGCUCAAACUGCUAUAUCCGGUAGUGGCCUUCAUCAACUGGUUCAGCAACGCCCUGGUGCGCCUGUUUUCCCCGCACCAGGGCGAAGAUAAUGAGAACCUCUCAACCGAAGAGUUGAAAACAGUUGUAAACGAAGGUGCCGUCUCUGUUGGGGAACGUCAGAGCAUGAUGGUACGUCUGCUCGACCUUGAAUCUGUAACGGUCAACGACAUCAUGGUGCCACGUAGCGAAAUUGUGGGCAUCGACAUCGAAGCCGAUAUAAAUGACAUCCUCGAUGCUGCAGCAACCAGUCAACACACGCUGCUACCAAUCUACAAAGAGUCCAUCAAUAACGUGCUGGGCAUUCUGCACCUGCGGCGUAUGGCACGACUGGUUAAUAUGGACAACUUCACCAAAGCCGAUCUCAUGCAGCUGACACGUGAACCAUACUAUGUGCCCGAAGCAACCCCCCUGCAUACCCAGCUGUUGAAUUUCCAGAAAGAAAAACAACGCAUAGCAUUAGUGGUUGAUGAGUACGGGGAUGUGCAGGGUAUUGUUACGCUGGAAGACAUCCUGGAGGAAAUUGUUGGCGAAUUCACCAGUGAUUACGCCUCCAACAUGCCGGAGAUAUCCCCUCAGGAAGAUGAUGCCUAUGUCAUCGACGGUUCAGCUGUUGUAAGGGAGAUCAAUCGCGCUCUGCACUGGGAACUGCCAUUGACAGGCCCGCGCACGCUAAACGGACUGGUGCUUGAGUACCUGGAAACAAUUCCGGAAUCCAAUCUGUGUAUACAGAUUGAUGAAUAUCAGAUCGAAACCUUGCAGAUCAACGACAACAUGAUUAAAAAUCUGAAAAUCCGCCGGCUCGAAAAGCUCAAACCGGCAGAUCAUGACGAGGAAGACUAA